CUCGUAGCAUGUUCUUUGGCUUGCAGAUCAGGAAAAACAGGUCCAAGGUUAAUUCAACAUACUGUACAGCUGUGUUUCCUGAUCAAGUAAUUUAUAUUGCAUGUAUGUACCGCCCAUAUGGCAGUUUAGGAUAUAGGAAAAAGUUUAAAGAUUAACUAGAUUGGCUUGACAUCGGGUUAAUCAAAUGCAACUGUAAUAAUUUGGAAAUUAAAUCUAAUAAUCAGAAGAAAAUGAAACCUGAGGUGAACAUGAUGAAAGCUGAAUCGGCAUCGGACUCCAAUCACGCAGAAGCUGAAGCACACGCGGGAAACGGGCACGCGCCGCUCGGCUCUGCUUUCGUCAGCUCCGCCGCAGCUCGUCUGUCUGCCUGUUGUCAUGGAGGAGCCAAGAUGGCGGUCCUGGCCUAUAACCUAGGCAAACGGGAAAUAAAUCAGUAUUUCAGCAUAAAAAAUGCAAAGUUGCUGGCAGCCGCCGCUGUCGUCCUUCUCACUGUGUUUCACUCGGCUUCUCGACAUUAUGGAAGCAGUGACACAUGUGACUGGCUGCUAUCCAGUGGACGUUUUUUAGGGGACAAUGUGUGGCAGCCCUAUGGGUGCAUGUUACAUAAGUACAAAAGCACUGAAGCUAAGCUCUGCCUCAGAGAGAAGAGAAUAGCAUUUGUCGGAGACUCUAGAAUACGUCAGCUCUUCUAUUCUUUCAUCAAAAUGAUGAACCCUGAGGUGAAAGAAGUUGGGAACAAGCAUGAGAACAUCCCCUUUGUUGAUGGUGAUUCCACUGUGAAUUUCCUGUGGUACGCGGAAGUGAACAAUUCCUUAAAGGAGCAGUUGAUGUUAUGGACGGAGGGAUCUGCUUCCAAACCACAUGUCAUCAUCAUUGGUGCUGCUACGUGGUCCAUUAAGUUGCACAAUGGCAGGAGUGAGGCACUUUUUCAGUACAAGGCAAACCUCACAGCUAUAGCAGACACACUGGAAAAACUAGCCGAGCACAGUGAAGUCUACUGGGUUCUGCAAGAUCCUGUUUAUGAGGAUGCACUAAGUGAAAGCCGAAAGAUGAUCACAAAUGAGCAGAUAAAUCUGUACAAUGAGGCAGCAGUUAGCACCCUGGAUACCAGCAAAAAGAAGGUCAAGUUCUUGGAGGCGUCUCGGCAAGCUGCUAUGGAGACCAUUUCCCAGUCCGUGGACGGCCUGCACCUUCCUGAGAGCACAAGAGAUAUUGGCGCCAUGGUUCUGAUGAACUCCAUGUGCAACAAGAUCCUGAAGCCCAUUGACGGCUCCUGCUGUCAGAGCGCUCCUCCGCUAAGCGUCCUUCAGAAGCUAGCAGCUGCUGUCCUCCUGGUGUCCAUUGUCUGCUUCGUCCUGCUGAGCUUCAGCACACAUCGGAAGAGCAAACACGUUCCUGAUCUGGAGAGCGGAGAGGAGAAAAAACAUCCCGCUGCUGUGGGGCAGCUCAAUCCAAAGGGACCUUUACUGGCCAUCGGCAAAAUGAGCCUCAUCAUGGUGUACUUCUACCUGUGUGACCGGGCCGACGUCUUUAUGAAGGAGCAGAAAUUCUACACACACUCCGCUUUUUUCAUUCCUCUCAUCUACAUCUUUGUUCUGGGCUUCUUCUACAGUGAGAACAGCAAAGAGACAAAACUUUUGAACCGAGAGCAGACGGAUGAAUGGAAGGGCUGGAUGCAGCUGGUCAUCCUUAUUUAUCACAUUUCUGGAGCCAGCGCUUUCAUACCGGUGUACAUGCACGUCCGUGUGCUGGUAGCUGCAUAUCUCUUCCAAACAGGAUAUGGACACUUCUCCUUCUUCUGGCUCAAGGGAGACUUUGGACUUUACAGGGUUUGUCAGGUUCUCUUCAGGCUUAAUUUUCUUGUGGUGGUACUGUGUCUGGUUAUGGACAGGCCUUAUCAGUUUUAUUACUUUGUGCCUCUGGUCACCUUUUGGUUUGCAGUUAUUUAUGCCACAAUGGCACUGUGGCCACAGAUUCUUCAAAAGCAAGCUAACGGCAGCGCAUUCUGGAAUCUGGCUUUGUUGUUGAAACUUCUGGGUUUGCUUCUUUUCAUCGGCUUUUUUGCAUACUCUCAGGACUUGUUUGAGGGCAUUUUCUCUGUAUGGCCUCUUUCUAAGCUCUUUGAACUGCAAGGAAGCAUCCAUGAGUGGUGGUUCAGGUGGAAACUGGAUCGAUUUGCUGUGGUCAAUGGGAUGCUGUUUGCCUUCAUUUACCUGCUGCUGCAGAAAUAUCAGCUGCUGUCUGAAGGCAAAGGAGAGACUCUCUUCUCCAACAAGAUUUCCAACUGUCUGCUCUUUGUUUCUGUCGUUUCUUUCAUGACGUACUCCAUUUGGGCCAGUGGGUGCAAAAACAAGUCUGAGUGUAAUGAGAUGCAUCCAUACAUUUCUGUUGUCCAGAUUCUGGCUUUCAUUUUGAUCCGGAAUAUUCCUGGUUACGCUCGCUCUUUGUACAGCUCAUUCUUUGCAUGGUUUGGAAAGAUCUCCCUAGAGCUCUUCAUAUGCCAGUAUCACAUUUGGUUGGCAGCAGACACCAAGGGCAUCCUGGUCCUCAUUCCCGGAAACCCCACGUUAAACAUAAUCGUCAGCACCUUCAUCUUUGUCUGCGUGGCUCAUGAAAUCUCCCAGAUCACCAAUGACCUGGCCCAGGUGGCCAUUCCUAAAGAGAGCGGGCCUCUGCUGAAAAGACUGCUGGGAGCUGGAGUCUUUCUAGUGCUGGUACUGACACUGUCCCAAAAAGACUAGAGUAAUCCAGAGAACAUCAAAAUAAAGACCAGCCCAGAACGUUUGUUUCCUAGGAAUCAAUCCAGGGAACUGUUUAACGCCGUUGGUCUGAGUACAAAACUCAACCCAAGAUUCUUGCAUUCGACAAAUCGCACGAUAAACUGUGUGCAAACCAACGCUCCAUCUCUGAGAUGAGUUUUAUGGACAGUAUUUAAUAAUAAUAAUAAUUUAUGUUUGUAUUUUAUACAAGAUGUCUGCGUUUGUCUUCAUUUGUUUCGAUCCUUUUUUGGAUGCCCAUGACUGCAAAAUGUGAAGGAGGAGUUCUACAUUCCCGCGAUUCUACUUGUAAACUAACAGCGUGUCGUUGACUUGGGUAUUACUAGCUAUAAUUCAUAUCACACCAGCAGCUUUUUCCUUCAGGUGAACGACUGCCCAAGCAUUCAUUUCUGUGCUGUCGAAUUUGUUCAACCCGUGUCCGCGUCGACAUGGAAAAACUGAAGCGAACGUUGUGAGAAUUUCAGGUUUGUUUGGUUUUAUUUUUAGCAGGAACGCCUGAGGAUCGGCUUUUGAUGUUGGUAAACUUGAACAAAAAUAUUGGAGACAUUCAAAGCCUGACGUCCUCUUUACCCUCUUCUGGUUGCACUGAGCGUGGAGCGUCUGUCCUGCAAACUGAGGAGUUUUUGAGCCGCUCGCUUUCCUGACAUGGUUUACUUCACAAGAAUUCAGCUUCAGCUUUGUCUGCGAUCAGUGACCUCAUUAUUUAUUGUGUCUUCAUAUCCGCUCAAACUGCUUGAAAUGCCACAACUGAAGCCAGUUGUCAAUGUUUUUAUUUUUAAUAUAUUACAUGUAAAGAGAGAGAGAGGUUUAAUUAUCAGUUUUCACUGAUUGUGCUGUAAAUAGAUCAUGUGCCACUGUGAAACAAAAGGCGAGUUGUUUGAGGCCGAUUUAAGAACAGUGGCACUUUAUUAUACAGACAUUUCUGGCAGCAGAAGUGGCAUUCAUUAUGAAACGAUCACAUUUUGAAUUUGACAUCACAUGGCAGUUCCGUAUAUGUGAAUUUUAAGCAAGUUAUAUUCCUGUUUUUUAUUUUCAUCAGUGAAAUGCUUUUGUUUUUCUAAGAAAAGCUAUAUUUGUACAGUGUGCCAUCAGCAGGCACUUUCAUGCAACUGAUUGUAAAUGUUUUUUUUGAACGCUUCACCAUGUCAAUGUUCAUAAAUGGAUUAUUUGUAUAGUUUGCUAUAAGUUUAACUUUAAAGAAACCCCAAAGGCCUCAAAGGAUUUUUUGUGUGUGUGUGUGUGCUUUUGUUGUUUUGUCCUUAAAUGUGAAAAUAUUUGGAAAUGCCUUCAUCUUAUUGUACAGUCAAUGUUGAUGAUAAACCUCUUCUCAAACCUGUCA